AUGUAUAUCCCGCUCCCCUCCCGUCCGCCCACUUUUACCCCACCGCCCUCCGCGCGGGCCGUCACGGCGCCCUCCGGCGUGUCGCGCUUCACAGCAUGGACGGAACUGCGGAAGAGGGACACCACCUCAAGCACAAACACUACAAUCGGCAUCGUAGUCGGCGUUCUGCUUGCAAUCUUCAUUAUUGCAAGCGUGGUGUUCCUGUAUCGAUACCGCUACACGGUGCGCUUUCGUAGCAAACGGCGACGACAUCAUCGGCAUCACAGCUCCAAGAGCUCAAAGACGUCUUCCGAGGGUGCGGGUGCUCCUCCACCUCCACCGCCGGCGCCGGCUGCGGAUGCCGAGCCGCCGGCGUGA